AUGAAAUUUCCUCGAGAAAAUAUGGCUUACAGAGAAAGGCAUUGUUUUCUUGAUGAAGACAAAUUGUGUUGUCUCAUACCUGCCCCAAGAGGAUAUGCAACACCAUUUCCGUGGCCCAUGAGUCGUGAUUAUGUACCAUAUGCAAAUGCACCUUACAAGAGUUUGACAGUUGAGAAGGCUGUGCAGAAUUGGAUACAAUAUGAAGGAAAUGUUAUUGCUAUGUCAAUUGCACCAAGGGACUCUCAUGAAGCACAGGUUCAAUUUGCUUUGGAAAGAGGUGUUCCAGCAAUCAUUGGUGUUCUUGGAACAAUAAUGCUUUCCUUCCCGUCCAGAGCUUUUGAUAUGGCACAUUGUUCUCGCUGCUUGAUUCUAUGGGGUUCAAAUGAUGGAAUAUACAUGAAGGCAGUGGACCGGGUUCUUAGACCUGGUGGUUACUGGGUAUUGUCUGGUCCUCCUAUCAACUGGAAAAUGCAGUUUCGUGCGUGGCAGCGUCCUGAAUAUGAGCUUGAGGAGGAACAACGGAAGAUUGAGGAAAUUGCUAAACUUCUAUGCUGGGAAAAGAAAUAUGAAAAAGGUGAAACUGCGAUCUGA